CCGCGCGCCUAGGUCGCGCGCCCGCCGUCCACGAUGCCGCCCUUGGAGAGAAGCCAGCAGCUGCACAGCAAGUCCUUCAAGCAGAGGAAGAGCUUUGCCACCAGGAAGCAGGAGGUGGCAGGAAUCCGCUCCAAGUUCCCCAACAAGAUCCCAGUGAUCAUCGAGCGCUAUGAGCGGGAGAAGUUUCUUCCUCCGCUGGACAAAACCAAGUUUCUUGUUCCUCACGAGCUCACCAUGAACCAGUUUGUCACCAUCAUCAGGAACCGCAUGGCGCUGCUCCCCUCGCAGGCCUUCUACCUGCUGAUCAACAACAGCGGGCUGGCCAGCAUGACCCUGACCAUGGCGCAGGUCUACAAGGACCACCAGGACGAGGACGGCUUCCUGUACAUGACCUACGCCUCGCAGGAGAUGUUCGGCUUUUAACACGCUAUUAAUGUUCAUGUAAAUAGAAAAUAUGUUUGUGUGGAUUUUAAUGACGCAAUAAAUCUUAUGUAAAUUUCA